AUGCUUGACGUACUCAUAGUGGGCACAUCCCUCGUUGUGUUGUUCUGUUUGGGAUGGGCAUUUCUGAGUAGGAGCCUUUUCAAAGACUACGAGGAGGAGCACUUGGGUGUGCAGGUGCUCUUCGCUUUGGUAUUCGCCUUCUCAGUCAACCUCCUCGAGCUUGUUCUUUUUGAGAUCCUAGGGGUCCUGAGUUACAGUGUACGAUGGCUGAACUGGCGCUUGGAUGUAUUGAGCCUGCUGGCCCUUCUUCUCAUUGUGCUUCCAUACACUCACUGCUACUGCACUCUGGCCUCACACCGCAAAGUGAGGAAAGGGCACGCAGCUGUGGGAGCCUUCAUCUUCCUUGCAGCGUUCCUGUAUGUGUUUUGGCGCAUGGGAAAGUACUGGCCAGGCGUUCCUCAGGCCACAGAAGGCAUCUUUCGCUUGAAUCAGGCAAUCAGCAGGUUGGGAGUCAUGGGUGUGUCGCUGAUAGCGGUGCUUUCAGGCUAUGGGUCUGUGAAUCUGCCCUUCUCCUACCUGUCACUCUUCAUCCGGCCAGUGGAGCGCUCCGAAAUUGCCAUGGCCGAGUCUCAGAUGAUGCAGGCGUUGGAGUCAGUGGUGCGCAAGAAGAAGCAGAUAGUGGUGAGCGAGGGGGAGUUGCGGCAGCAGCAGGUGGCGGGGCUGGAGAGCUUGGGGCGCAUGCUGUGCGCAGAGGUGAUGGACCUGCGGCGAGAAAGGGAACGCGCACUCGCCAGCCGCACUCUGGCCGGCCACGCCAAGAAUUUUCUGGGCUACUGCCUGUCCUUCUACUGCCUCUUCAGGAUGUUUUUCUCAGUCAGGGCGCUGAUGUUCGGCGAGGACUUCACGUCCGACCCGGUCAGCAAGGCACUCGGCUUCUGCCUACGGUCCUUCUCCAAGGGACGCCUUGUCAUCAAUCUGCAGCUCUUCUCGCAGUACAUUACGCUAUUUUUCAUUGGAUGCAUCAGCGUCAGCUCCUUGCGAGGCUUCUUGCGGAACAUGCGCAAGGUGUUUUCAGCAGUAUCUGGCGCUGGCAACGGGUCAGGCCUGCUGCUCAUUUUGACAGAGCUGACUGGACUUUAUGCCAUAUCCACCAUCCUGCUCAUUCGCAAGCAGCUCCCCCUCAAGUACAGGGCAAUCAUUACUGAUGCUUUGGGAGGAGAGCUGGAAUUUGAGUUCUUCCAUGCCUGGUUCAAUACCAUCUUCUUGGCAGCUGCAGUGUUGACUCUUGCUAUGUUCUAUGCACAGCAUCAGAGACAGCAAGAUUCUGACCUGCCUCUUUACUCAUCGAGGAGGGAGUGA